AUGUGGAAGCCGUCGGAGCGUCUGAUGGAAACCAUCAGGCAUUAUGCCAGUUUCCCAGCGACUGGUGUCUCCCUUCGACAGAUGGUUCAAUUCGGCGACAGGCCGUCAACUGGAACUCUCUUUCGUGCCUCCCAAUUCCUCUCCGAAGAACUCCCAAUCCGCCUCGCCCAUCGCGUCCAAGACCUUGGAGAACUUCCCGAUGGUCUCAGCGAAAUGCCCUCCAUCAAGAAGGUGCAGGACUGGUACGCUCAAUCAUUUGAGGAAAUCAUAACCCUACCUCGACCAACCCUUACUCAAGAAGUUAAAGCCCGUCUUUUGCGCCCCGGGAGAACAAACAACGGCGUCUCCAAGAUUCUAUCCGAAACUACACAAAAUCCGAGUAUCCGCGAGGGCCAAUAUCGGUCUUCUCCCACCUCGGUAAAUGGCAAUGGCAAUGGAAAGACAGCUGUCGCUCGAAGAUACUUUGUUCCAUCCGAUGAUCAAGGAAAUUGGCCCCCCGAACUCAAUGAUUAUAACCAGCGUUUCGCGAAGACAUUGCAACAUAUCAAACGGCGCCACGACAGUGUUGUGACUACUGUAGCACAAGGUAUCCUCGAAUGGAAACGAAAGCGCCAACGCCUGCAGAUUGACUCAACCAUCCAGUCCUUCCUUGAUCGCUUCUAUAUGUCCCGGAUAGGUAUACGUAUGUUAAUUGGUCAACACAUUGCUUUGACGGAACAGACCCACGUUCGCCAUCCACACUACGUCGGAAUUAUAUGUACCAAAACGAACAUACGGGAAGUUGCUCUCGAGGCUAUCGAGAAUGCCCGCUUUGUUUGUGAGGAUUACUAUGGUCUUUUUGAAGCACCUAAGGUUCAGCUAGUCUGCAAAGACGACUUGAACUUCAUGUACGUGCCCGGACAUUUGUCUCACAUGCUCUUUGAGACCUUGAAGAAUUCCCUGCGCGCUGUCGUCGAGGCACAUGGCACAGACAAGGAGGCCUUCCCGGUUACCAAAGUCAUAAUCGCCGAAGGAAGAGAAGACAUUACAAUCAAGAUUUCAGAUGAAGGUGGUGGAAUCCCUCGUUCUGCCAUACCUUUGGUUUGGACCUACAUGUAUACUACCGUGGAACAAACCCCCAACCUAGAUCCGGAUUUUGACAAGAGCGACUUCAAAGCUCCCAUGGCGGGCUUUGGUUAUGGAUUGCCAAUAAGUCGUUUGUAUGCUCGAUAUUUCGGCGGUGAUCUAAAAUUGAUCAGUAUGGAAGGGUGA